UAACCCUAUCCUACCUUCCGUCUCCCACCACUCUACAACCUUCAGACCCUUUUAACUACUUUUAAAUCUCAACUAUGUCUGGAAAGGGAAAAGCUGGCAAAUCUGCCACUGGCAAGGCUGGUGGUGAAGCCGGCAAGGCUCAAUCGCGUUCCGCCAAGGCGGGUCUCCAGUUUCCCGUCGGUCGUGUCCACCGUCUCUUGAAGAAGGGCAACUAUGCCCAGCGUGUUGGUGCAGGGGCUCCUGUCUACCUCGCUGCCGUCCUCGAAUAUCUUGCUGCUGAAAUUCUCGAAUUGGCCGGAAACGCUGCCCGUGAUAACAAGAAGCAACGUAUUGUCCCUCGUCAUUUGCAACUUGCCAUCCGAAACGAUGAAGAGCUGAACAAGCUCCUCGGCGAUGUUGUCAUCAGCCAAGGUGGCGUUGUACCAUUCAUCAACCCUGAACUCCUUCCCUCCAAAACAAGCAAGGGCAAGAAGGAGGGUGGCGCAUCGCAAGAAGUUUAGAUGUUUUCGAUGUCGUCUUCGCUUUGCUACUCUAUUACUUGGGACUGUAUUCUUGUACUAGUAUGUUUUACUUUUAUUAUCUAAUGCACGACACGCAUGCAUUGUACUCCUACGCGAUAUUUGUUGUGUGACAUAGGCCGCCAUUCUGUGGGCCAAAAUAUGGGCUUUCAAGCAAAGACAGUAGGGCGAUCAUUUCAGUUCCUGGA